CCGGUGACCGUGUGGCUUAUUUGCGGCUGCUGUCCUGUCGGUCUGUCUUCACAUACGUGCUGACGCCAUGGGAACCAUUGAGGGGCACCUGCUGUCAGCAGCAUUCCUCCUCUUCUACGCGCUCUACUAUUCAGUGCUGGUGUCCCUGGCUCUGCUCCGGGGACAGAGGGUCCUCAAGCCACCUCUUCCUCCAAGGGAAAAGCAGGGACACAGGCUGUGGCAGCGAGUACCACUGGAAGGAAUGAUGAAGAUGGCUAUUGCUCUCACUGGCGUCUUAACCGAGUUCUUCUACCCACUAGGGGUAAACCGGUUAAAGAUUGUGGACUGGGAGGACCCCCAUCGACCAUUCAUGUUCAAGGACUCCUGGCAACACGUCACCAUGUACUUGUUCUUCAUGCUCAGUGGUGUGGUGGACAUUGUCAGCCAGCUGUGUCUGGCCCGGCAGAGUGUGAAGCUGGAGCGAGCAGCCGAGGCCAUCGCCUUCUAUGUGCUGGUGCUGCUCUUGGCUGCCCACAUUGAGAACAAGAGCACCCUGGAGAUCCGGGUGCACGUCCUGUUCAUGGUGCCCACCUUCCUGGUAGCCCUGGUGCUAAACAUCGAGAUCUGGGUCCCUGACCAGCCUCCGCUCUGGGUGCUCAAGACAUGGAUGGGGCUGGUGCUCAGCACUUGGAUGCUGCAGUUAUCUGUGCUGAUGUACAGUCCUCCUUCUGGACAACCCUGGCAGGGAGACAACCCCGGGGACCUGGCCUUCCUUGCCAUCUUCUUCUGCUGGCACCUGGGCUUAGGGGCUGCUCUGCUGGCCGCCGUCUAUGGUCUCUGCAGUCUCUGGCAUCGUCACUGCUCCUCCUGGACAGAGGCCCCGGGCCCCAGUUACCAGCCGUGCCCCACAGAAUCCAAUGGUGAAGAGCUAGAAAAGUUCGCAGCAGGGGCCACAUGGCAGGAUGCAGGUAUCUAGGUACAGAAACUGCCUUUGUCCCAUGCAUAUUGUAAUGAGGACUUUGAGGGUACCCACUGUACGGAUGGCACAGAAAUGUCCUGGAAUCUGCAGUAUGGUUUUCCAUCCCAGGAACUAUCUUCCUGAUUCCAAAAUAAACCUUUCAGCUCCAAGAAUGACUUCUUACCUAUCACUGUUCUUCCCAGGUUAGUCCCUUGCCUAUUUCAUUAUCCACAUGGUUCCUGGCCAUGCACAUCUAUGCGUGUGAACACACAGUAGUGCUUCCUUCUGAUAGCUUUUGGGAUCCCAGAGGAGGAUACGAAGUGAGAAACUAGGAAAUAGGUGAAGGGGAGGGUGGGGUUCGGGGAGGACUGUAUCUGUCUUCCAUAGGGCAGGGCUGGUGUGUGCAGUGUGUGCCUAAAGCAGAGCGUUUCAUGGUGUGGAAGACAGAGGGGUCUGUUCAUAAUAAUGGUGACAUGUUUUCUUCCUUUCUCUGUUUUUUAAUUCACACUGAGUAUAGCAGGAUAAAUAACUUGUAUGGAUUAUUUUUCUUGUAACCUAAACUAAAUGAGGCUACUUCUGUUUCCUGAGAAAGGAUGGGAUGAGAGGUUGGUGGCAGGAGGAAGUGGAGAUGAUCAAAUUAACAGUUGUCAGAGAAAAAAGGUCAAGGAGAAAAUUCCCAAAGGUGGUUAUAAAAAAUUGGGAUGAUUUAAAUGUAAUUAAAAAAAUUUUUUUUUUUUUUUGCUGUGAUGUGACAACUUUGUGAUUCCAACUUCUUCAGUAAAGCCUAUUACACAUAUUG